UGAUUAAACUUUGUAGAGUCCGUUAGUUACGAAAGCUGAAGCUUCUUAAGCACUUCCCUUGGUUCUGGGUGUGUCCUUUAUUUCCAACAUAGCUACUUUCAUGGCUGUGACUACCUCUUCCAGUUCCACCAGCGGCUUCUUCAGUCUCCGGUCACCAAAUUCGGUCGAUUCCAGCAGGGUCUCCUCCACCCACGGCUCUUCCUCCGCUUGCGGAAAGUUCGAUGGGGUGGCCAUGUGGUUCAUCAACGGCGUCACAACCGCUUUCUUCGCCUCCUUGAACCGUUGCUCUUGCAUUCGCAUCGCCACCGAAGAAGACGGCGACGAUGCCAACGACUUGCCGUUGAUGCUCAACGACGGAAACCUCCGCCAGGAUGGCGUCGUCGUUGCGUGCACCACCAGCAGGAGAAGGACGGGUAAAGGGAAGAAGAGUGAAGCUGUUCUCGUCGACGACGACUGAAAAAAAGUGGUAACAAAUACGUACUACGUACCCUUUGAUGAGGCCUUGAACAAAUUAAAUCAUAUCAAUGUCUCUCUUAAUUUUCUUGCUAAGUGAUCAUAUAUUAUAAUGUUAUAUGGGUUUGUUAAAAUUGUGCUUCACAGCUUACUUAUGUUAAUUUUGGAGAGCGAAAAUGAAAUUAUAAGAAAUUAAUCUUCCUUGCCUUUGAUA